GAGCGGAGGAGCAUUAAUACAUCUAUAAGCCAAAGAGGGAACUCUGGCUGGGGCAGUGCGCGGAGCUCCGGCUGCUGGUGGGGAGCGGCGGCCGGGACGGCAGCGCCGGUGGCGGCUCCGGCGGGAGCAGCACAACGGACCAGAUACAAUAGAGGCCACAACAGAAGGGAGCCCGUGCUCCUCUCCCGUAAACACACUCCCCUCCACCGCCACCUCCCCCUCGGCAGCGCGCGCGGUGCUGCAGGGUGCCCGAGGCCGCUCGGACUGCUAUGUAACGGCGAGACUGCGGGAGGAAGGGGACCGGGGAGAAGAGGUCCGCCCGCGGGAGGCCGUGGGGGCCAAGUCUGCGGCCACUUCUGCACGCGCUUCCCGUAGCCCCCGCUUGCCCCUUCCUGCAGCCCAGCCGGCCCAGGUGUGCCUCGCCUCCUCGCGUGCCCGGCGACCAUGGUGACGGUGGAGGAGCUGCGGGAGAUGGACUGCAGCGUGCUCAAAAGGCUGAUGAACCGGGAGGAGAACGGCGGCGGCGCGGGCGGCAGCGGCGGCCACGGCACCCUGGGGCUGCUGAGCGGCGGCAAGUGCCUGCUGCUGGACUGCAGACCGUUCCUGGCGCACAGCGCGGGCUACAUCCGAGGCUCGGUCAACGUGCGCUGCAACACCAUCGUGCGGCGGCGGGCCAAGGGCUCUGUGAGCCUGGAGCAGAUCCUGCCCGCCGAGGAGGAGGUGCGCGCCCGCCUGCGCUCCGGUCUCUACUCGGCGGUCAUCGUCUACGACGAGCGCAGCCCGCGCGCCGAGAGCCUCCGCGAAGACAGCACCGUGUCGCUGGUAGUGCAGGCGCUGCGCCGCAACGCCGAGCGCACCGACAUCUGCCUGCUUAAAGGUGGCUAUGAGAGGUUUUCCUCCGAGUACCCAGAAUUCUGUUCCAAAACCAAGGCCCUGGCAGCCCUCCCACCGGCUGUGCCCCCCAGCGCUGCCGAAUCCUUGGACGUGAACUGCAGCUCCUGUGGAACCCCACUGCACGACCAGGGGGGUCCCGUGGAGAUCCUUCCCUUCCUCUACCUCGGCAGUGCGUACCACGCUGCCCGGAGGGACAUGCUGGAUGCCCUGGGGAUCUCGGCCCUGCUGAAUGUCUCCUCUGACUGCCCGAACCACUUUGAAGGACAUUAUCAGUACAAGUGCAUCCCGGUGGAAGACAACCACAAGGCGGACAUCAGCUCCUGGUUCAUGGAGGCCAUCGAGUACAUCGAUGCGGUGAAGGACCGCCGCGGCCGGGUGCUGGUUCACUGCCAGGCGGGCAUCUCGCGCUCGGCCACCAUCUGCCUGGCCUACCUGAUGAUGAAGAAGCGCGUGAGGCUGGAGGAGGCCUUCGAGUUCGUCAAGCAGCGGCGGAGCAUCAUCUCGCCCAACUUCAGCUUCAUGGGGCAGCUGCUGCAGUUCGAGUCGCAGGUGCUGGCCACGUCCUGCGCCGUGGAGGCCGCCAGCCCCUCCGGGCCCCUGCGGGAGCGGGGCAAGGCCACCCCCACCCCCACGUCGCAGUUUGUCUUCAGCUUCCCGGUGUCGGUGGGUGUGCACGCGGCCCCCAGCAGCCUUCCGUACCUGCACAGCCCCAUCACCACCUCCCCCAGCUGCUAGGGCCGCGGGGAGCCCUGACCCGAGCCCGAGCCCGGCGCCGGCUCUCCGCGGG